GUCUCCAUACGCAACCAGUUCGUCGCCGACAAGCGCCAAGUGCGCAGCCCACGACGAAUCCUCUCGGUCUCGGAUCGCGUUAGUAUCGCGUUUCCUGCCACCUCGCGACAAGUCUUCGACUCGCGAUUUCCGACGAGGUUAUCUCGCGAUUUUCCGGCUAGAAUUUAAUCCUGGUGCAAUCUCCAGAUGUUCAGCGAUCCCGACUGUUCAAAAGCGAGAACGCUUCCGCUCCGGGAAACUUCGGAGCACGCGAGAAAUCUUGGAUGGCCUUGAGAAGCGACGAAUCAUGGAGUGCAAGAAGAUUCUCCGUUUAUAAACAGAAAUCUCUGGUUGUGAAUUAAGAAAAAUGAAAUACGUGAAUUCGGGUUGUUGCUAGCGAUAGAUGACGAACGACAGAGAGAUGCUCCGAACAUUGUGGAAUCUCUGUUAUAAUUGUGAUUAAACGAGUUGGUAUGCCGAAUAUCUUUUUUAUUCUACUAUUUAAACGUAUUAUGAGAACGAAUAAUUCGUUAAAUUCUAUAAUGUAUAAUUAACAUGAUAUAUAUUCAGUGGCAGUUCGAUAUUAAAUUCAACAGCUGGUUUUGGGGAUUGUUGUGGAAAAAUAGAACUUAAAAGAAGAAUAAGAAACAGUUUAUUGUUGCUGUAGCCUUUUGAUCAAUGGAUUGAAUGUUUAUUUGAAAAAGUGCUGUAGUAAAGGAUUAAAAUGAACGCUGCAUAUCAGGAAGUUAUUAAUAUUUCCCGAAGACUGCAUGACGUCAAUUGAUUGCGACGGCUAACGAAAAUUUUAAAUUAGCUCUCACAUCACAUAUAGUCAAAUCAGUCGUCGCUACAAAAAGCUAGUUUCGUAAAUUGCAUAACCGGAAGGGACGUCGACUUCUUGUCGAUAAAUUUUUAUGAUUCAACGCGACAGCGCGUGAUGUGAAAACGGUGAAAAUACAUUUUCGACGAAUGUAUCGGUGUGUGCGAUGAAAAAUAGUUCUAUGCCAGGAGAGAGAUAACAAACGUACUAAGUAUAGUUGAAAAAAGAAUACACGUUGCAUGAUUUGAUAGGAGUAAACUUUUGGAAGUAUGAGUAACAACGUGCUCGCGAGCGCGUCGUUCUCGAGAAGAAACUGCCACGGUGUUCCUGAAUGGAUAAAACAUGACGGUCUCUUAUCAGUACGAGGUCGCCAGCUCCACCAGCGGUGGAUUCACCAGACUCCUGUUUAUGUGGCGCGGUUCCCUCUACAAGCUCAUCUACAGGGAACUGCUGCUCUAUCUACUUCUCUUUGGUACCAUGUCCGCACUUUAUCGGCAUGCUUUCACUGCUUUUCAAAAAAAGGAGUUCGAAAAAGUCGUUGUCUACUGCGACACCUUGAUUAAACUGAUCCCACUGAGUUUUGUGCUCGGAUUUUACGUAUCCUACGUCGCACAAAGAUGGUGGAAGCAAUACAAGGCAAUACCAUGGCCUGACAAAGUAAUGCAUCUCGUAGCGCUCUACAUCACUGGAAAUGACGAGUACAGUCGAAUGCUGCGGAGGUCUCUGAUGCGUUAUUUGAAUCUCUCCUUGAUACUUGUCCUACGUUCCAUCAGCUCAGCAGUAAAGAGACGAUUUCCUACCCUCGAUCAUGUUGUUGAUUCUGGCUUCAUGACUACGCUGGAGCUCGAAUUAUACCAGUCGGUGCCGAGUGUCGAGUUUAACACUUAUUGGAUACCAUGUACAUGGUUCGUUAAUCUCCUCAAAGAGGCACGUAGAAACAACAGGUUACCCGACGCGCAAGGCUUAAAAAUAAUUAUGGAGGAAUUCAAUGAUUUUCGAACAAAGUGUGGACUUUUGUGGAGCUACGACUGGGUGUCAAUCCCUUUAGUAUAUACCCAAGUGGUGACACUCGCUACAUACAGCUUCUUCGCGGUUGCUUUAGUUGGCCGACAAUACAUCGACGGCCAUGAAAAGCAAUUCCAAUUGAAGAUAGACAAGUACUUGCCCAUCUUCACGAUCUUGCAGUUUUUCUUUUUUAUGGGAUUAUUGAAGGUAGCCGAGCAACUGAUAAAUCCUUUCGGCGACGAUGACGAGGACUUUGAACUCAACUGGCUAAUUGAUCGUCACGUCAAGGUUUCGUAUCUCGGAGUGGACACGCUAAUGAAUCGUUGUCCACCACUCGUUAAAGACAUCUAUUACGAUUCUGAGAAUUUGAACUUACCUUAUACAGAAGCAGCAGCAGCUUAUAAGAAAAAGACGUAUCGCGGUAGCGUGGCGAACAUGACGGUACCUGAGGAAAAACAAAUGAUGUUUUUACCUGGUAUUUUGGAGGAGGAGGAGGAGGAAGGAGGGAAAGGAAUUACGACCCCUCGCACUUCCACUGCGAGUUUAUCAAACCCGAACGAGAGUCCAGUGAACGAAAAGCGCCAGAUCAGCGGGUCCCCUUCAACGCCUAGGAAGGUGGCUCGCAAUUGUUCUGAAACGGUUGUGCAGCUGGAUGGUCAAGAACAGCCGACUGAAGUCGAACAGCCACGCGUUCUAGCCGAGGCUGUCAGCAGAUUUUCCUCGCUGGCGAAGAAUCCGACGUCACGCUUCGAGCCCAGGAAGUCUUUCUUCCCUGUCCUUACGAAACCGUCCAGACCGGUAACGCGACCUUGGCCGAGCACGACGAAUAUUUCACAUUCUGUUCAACAGUCGCCUUUUACACCGACUAUUAUCGAGACCGACAACCCAUGGGCUAAAGAUUCUAGCCGUCCAUAUCCAAUGGAAGGUUCUGAAGAACAACGAUCCAGCGUAUCGUCGCAGGACCAAACGAACCAGGAGGGUGUCAUAAAUACGGCUUUCUCAAGCGAUAGGAUAAAAGACAUGCCAGGUAAUCGUGAUCGCGGCGAUACGGUGGAGAGGUUCUCCUUAGAACCUGGUCCUGCGUACCAGUGCACAGUGGGCUGGAAACCCACCAUUUCUGCGAAAAUGCGAAGACUCAGUAACUGAUCCCUGGACAGAAGCGUUUGUGCUUUAAGAGCAUCAAAAGAUUUCAUCAGAGUGGAAAACGAUAGACUCGUAUAUAGGCAUAGAAAUCCUGUAAAAAAAAUUAACAACAUACCUACUACGGGAACGAGUUAGAUCAGAAGCUCGUCGAAUCAUAGUAAAAGAUUUCUUAAAAGAACAGGUGAAAGCGAUGCAUUAGAAUUGAUCCUCAUCACUUGAAAAAGGACAGUUUUAAAUUGUAAAAUAAUAUAUACCACGUAUGGAUUUCCGUUUAUAUAUUUUACGAUAUACAGGGUAUAGCAAAAGUACCGGAACGGCAAAAUAACUCGACGGGGGAGCAUUUUAGAGAAAAAUAUUUCUAAU